AUGAGAGUGUACCCCAAUAAGGUGGGGCUGUUUGGUGCUCCUGCGCAGAUACACUCGCCCAGCCCAGUGCAACACAGGGUGGCGUACCAGGGCGUGCCGGGGGCAUACAGUGAGAGCGCAGCGCGCAAAGCGUGCCCUGACGCCGAGCCUCUACCCUGCGACCAAUUUGAGGUGGCCUUCCAGGCGCUGACUCAGUGGCUGGCGGACACCGCUGUGCUGCCCAUUGAAAACUCCGUCGGGGGCUCCAUCCACACCGUCUUCGAUCUGCUCAUAAAGUACCGCCUGCACAUAGUGGGGGAGGUGUCGGUGGAUGUGAGGCACUGCCUGAUGGCGCUGCCGGGAGUGAGGAAGAAGGAUCUUCGCCGCGUGCAGAGCCACCCGCAGGCGCUCAGCCAGUGCGACCUCUACCUGUCCUCCAUGACCGGCGUCGUGCGCGAAGCCGUCUCCGACACCGCCGGCGCCGCGCAGACCAUCGCGCAGAACAACAUGAGGGACGUAGCGGCCAUCGCCAGUGAGAGGGCGGCGGAGUUGUACGGGAUGGAUAUUCUGGACCGGGGCAUUCAGGAUGCACGAGACAAUGUUACGCGCUUCAUUGUGCUGUCACGAGACCCCCUCAUAGCGCUCCCCGACGAAUCGCGCACCUUCAAAACCUCCAUCACGUCGGUGGUCUUCUCGGUGAUGGAGGGCCCGGGGCAGUUGUUCAAGGCGCUCAGCGUGUUUGCGCUGCGUGACCUGGACAUGACUAAGAUCGAGUCGCGCCCCAUGCGCAGCAACCCCGUCCAGCUCGCCAACGGCACAGUGGGUGGCCGCCGCUUCCGCUACCUCUUCUACGUGGACUUUGUGGGCAAUCUGGCGGACGACCUGCCGCAGAACGCGCUGCGGCAUCUGCAGGAAGUCACUGACUUUAUGCGCGUGCUGGGCUGCUACCCCAUGCACGUGCAGGCCUCCCUUCCUUGA